ACUUGGAGUUUAUGCGGCUGACAACUGUACCACUGACCUCAACAUUUUUGAGGGAACUGGACCGCCUGACCGGCGACCUGAUCAGGGUUUUCAACACUAAAGGGGGAGCUGCAGGGGAAAAAAUCUGAGCCAUGAUGGCAAAGAUGGAGAAUAAUCAAGACAUCAACGUGAGGCGUGAUUGCGUUUUGAGAUGUCUCAGCAUCUACCUCUGUGAAGACCUGGACACAUUGGUCAAAGAAUACGUGGACAUCGAAUGCAGUGAGGCCGAGGCAGAUGUCGCAGGGACAACCAUGGCAAUCUACACCGUUCAAGCUGAGGGUGAUGAUCAUGAUGGUCCUGGUGGACUCUUUGCAGAUGUCGGUAUGGUCCUGGAAGGGGUCAAAGUUCUCAACAACCUCAAAAGUAUCAACCAUGCAUGCGUAAUGCUUUAUGGGUUGAUCUAUGCUCUUAAUUUAAGCUAUCCAAAAAACUUGAAGUAUACAUUCGAAGCUUACCAGAAGAUCCUGAUGGACCAGGAAUCGUCCAAGCCUUCCCCCAAAGUACGAGCACUGAAACUCAAAUUGCUCAGGUGACUCUUUUUUUGGGGUGGGGUGGUGAUGGGAGGAGGAAGUACAGGAAGAGACCGCCCAUACAUGCUGAUAACCAUGUGAUUUAUAGUGUUCCAGUACGUUCACAACCUUGAAGAUUCACACAUCGAACACACAGAAAGCUAGAAACGGAAGGUGCUCAGUUAACUAUGUUCUACUACUAUAUGUUUAAUGUUGUUGAGCCUGUAGAGUUUGUUCUGUCCUUUCAAUAUAUCCCAUUACUGUGAUCGUUCCAGCAGAUACAGAUGUAAGGAAUGUUGUUGAGCCUGUAGUUUGUUUGUUUGUUCUAGAUCUAGAAAAAAGAGCAGGUC